UUCUUCUCCAACAUUACUUCGCAAGUGCUUAAACACUUCCCCAUAUUUCCUCUCUCUGAAUCCACUUCCCUUUCCCCCAAACCCUAAUCCAAUGGUGAACGGCAAGCCAGAGAUUGGACCGAUCGGAGAAGGAGAGGGGAAGAUGGGGAGCACUAAGGGGGGAGAGAAGCCGGAAUCACUUGUUUUGGGAGAGGAGUGGCCGAAGCUUGGAGAUUUGGGACAGAGGAGUGGAAAAAGAGAAGCGGAUGCCGCCGUGAGAGUCUCUGAUUUGGAGAGCAUUGGAGGCGUUUCCAGAGAUCGAUCAUCAUCACUGCCUUGCUUGCAAGUUCAGCCGCAGGCAUCAAAAGACAUUCAGAGACAUUAUGGAGAUAAAAUUGGCAAUCACUACAAUGGACCCUAUCCUCGGCCUGCAAUGAUAGGUGGUCCUCAACCAUCUAACUACUGUCAUCAUCCAUCAUCACAGUUCCAAGAAGUAGGGAGACAUGUUUACCACGCAUAUCCCCAUCCGAAUCCAUUUCCAUACUACCAACAACAAUUCCUUGCACCGCCAUAUGAUCCAUUUGUGAAUUAUCACCAGACAACUUCUUAUGUAAUGAAUCAAGCACAUACCUACCGUGCAGAACAGAAUUCUAGACCAAAUCCUCCUACAUUGGACCAUCGCUUCAGAUCGAAGGCAUUCAUUCGACAAUGUUUGCCUAAGUUUUAUCCAGAUUCAGGCUUUAUAAAUAACCCUUAUUAUUAUGGGCAUGUUCCUCCUGUACCUUAUUCUGCUGCUGCUCCUUGUUCACCUGCUGCUUCUGUUGGUGUUCGGACACCACCUUUUGAUGUAUCUUCUACUUCCCAUUAUCACAAUUCUUUUCAAGGUCAACACAAAAUGGAUAAAAGGGCUUCUAUUGUACAUCAAGUAGAGUAUUAUUUCAGUGAUGAAAAUUUGCCAUCAGACCAUCACCUGCUCUCUUUACUGGAUAAAGAUGGAUGGGUUUCUAUUCAUUAUAUUGCAAGUUUCAGAAGACUAAACAAUUUGGCCAAGAAUAAUACGCGGUUGAUUUUAGAUGUAUUAAGAAGUUCAAACUUCAUAGAAAUCCGGGGUGACAAGAUACGUAGGCGUGAUUGGUCAAAAUGGAUUCAAGCAUCACGUCACCAUACAUCUUCAUCGAAGUCUCAUGUCACUAUAGACCCAUCCGAAGGGGAGCAAAGGACUCUUGUAAUUGCAGAACAAUCCAAUUUAAAUCAAAUCAUACUGCAAAAGGAUUGCCUUCCAUGCAAUAAUAGUACUGGCAACAAUGAUGGACUGAACACCCUAACUUAAAACCUUUAUAACGUUAAAAUCAUCACAGAGGCAGUGGAAGGUUUUAAAAACUCGCCCUGCUUCGGAGAAGACAAGAAUUAAAAGUGCAGAGUCAUGAAAAGUGCAGAGUCAUGAAAAUUAUGUGUGUAUAUGUGUUAUCACACUUGCAAAUUGUUUUUGUCUUCAAAUGUUUUUGUGUAUAGGGUUUUUGCUCACAUACCCAUUAAUAAAAAUGGGUAAUUGCUGAUAUACCCCUGUAGAAAUGGUAUAUGUUUAUGGCCCUCUCUAACUUAUACCAACAAUUACCCAUUUUUACAAGCAUGCAUACCAGCAAUAGUUUUUGGAAGUUGAGAGCUUUUUGCACUGUGGAUAUUUCAAAGUUUUGAAUUUUUGAAAUAAUUGUUUUUCUAUAAGCAAUGCGUGUUAUGUUAACGUGCGGCUU